UGCCAGACAACCGUGUCCUGUGGAUGUUGAUGAACCUGGAGUCUCAGAUGGAGACUCUGAGCGCCAACACUGACCUUGCCCUGGACUCAGAGGUCAAGUUCAUGGCUGCAGCCUCUGACCUGGCUGACCGGGAGCUUGUCUUGACCAUCAGCUGGGCCAAACAGGUGCCAGGAUUCUCCAGCCUGUCGCUGGUCGACCAGAUGAUGCUGCUCCAACACUCGUGGCUAGAGAUCCUCAUGCUGAGCCUGGUGUUCCGCUCGUGUCCGUACAAAGGUCACAUCUGCUACGCCGAGGACCUGCAGGUGGCCGAGGACGUGGUGGACACGCUCAAGAUCCCCGCGGAGCUGGAUAGUCUGACCAGGAAACUCUGCCGCAAGUUCACGCACAUGAACGUGAGCAAAGAGGAGUUUGUGCUGCUCAAGGCUAUCACACUGUGUAAUAUUGUGCUAAGAAAACCAAAACUGCCAAAAUUUCUGGUGUUCAGAAAUAGCAAGAGCCAUGAGUCUAUGAAGUUCUCAUUGUGUAGCCUGACCCAGGUGAUGGUGUCAGAGGGAAGCCAUUCUGUGGGGAGACCUCCGUGUGUCUCUCAGUGUGUCACUGACCGUCUGCCUGCCAUUAUCACCAUCAAACUUGCUUACAUCACAGAAUGA